AUGGAUCCAAGAAUGAUCGUCACCACUUAAAUCGGAAGCAUCGAUUUGUACAAGGUUAUCCACGAGAAAUCAUACAUUCUUGAAAUCAUUGAUUCAGUACCUUUCAUCAACACUCCUCUUCAUGUAGCAUCUGCUUCCGGAAACCUUGCUUUUGCCACUGAGUUGAUGAAUCUUAAGCCAUCCUUUGCUAGAAAACUUAACACGUAUGGUCCAUUGCAUCUUGCUAUAGAGGAAGGUGAAACACAGUUAGUUCUAAGUUUCCUCAAGGUUGAUCCCGACCUUGUUCGCCUUAGAGGAAGAGAAUGCACGACGCCCUUUCAUCAAGUAAUGAGAAGAGGAGAUGCAAAAGUGAACGGUGCAACCGCUCUACAAUUGCGGGUUUUAAACGCCAAAUCGCUAGAGUUGCAAUUUUUGAACAAAAGUGAUGAAGAGUUACAUGUAGCAGCUUAUCAUAUCAGCUUCAAAUCAGUAAAGCUGCUGGUAAAAUGUUCUGUGGUUAACCGGAACAUCCAUAACCGGAAUGGCAUAACCGCUCUAUAUAUCUUACAUAACCAGAGAGAACAUCACACGAACGGAAACAUCAUUCGAAAAUCAGGAGGCAAGAGCGGAAAUCUACCAAAAUCCAAGAAAGUGUCGGAGAUCAGCAGAUCACCGAUUAGUUUCACGGAGAAUUUGCUCACGAAGACAGCUCGGUAUAGGAACCAGACAUAAGUAGCAACACGCAGCUUGCUUCUAGUGAUAGCCGCACUGAUAAUCACAGCUACUUAUCAAACAGCUUUGCAGCAACCAGGUGGUGUAUACCAAGAAAAUGCAUAA